UCACACUUAUGUUUGUUUAAUUCAAAUAUAAACAAAAAAAUGUUGAGAAGCGCAACGAGGGCACUCUUCAGAGCUGCAGGCACUAGGACUUUUUCAACUCCAGUUCAAGAGAAGUCUGUGAUAGCUACGAGUUUUAAAGUACAGAACAAUGAUGAUUUUAAAGAAAGAGUGAAAAACUCAAAGGUUCCUGUCAUUGUUGAUUUCUUUGCCACAUGGUGCAAUCCAUGCAGAUUGUUGACUCCCAGAAUCGAGCAGGUGGUUGCUGAAAAAAACGGCAAGAUUAUUUUAGCUAAAGUCGAUAUCGACGAGAAUACUGACUUGGCACUAGAUUACGAAGUUUCUUCUGUUCCCGUGCUGAUGGUGAUGAAACAAGGAAAAGUAAUGGAAAAGAUUAUCGGUUUGCAGGACACUGAUAAGCUCAGAAAAUUUGUAAAUAAACAUGCAGACGAGUAAGAUAACUGUAGAUAAUGGAUUAAUUAUUCAGUCAAUGUAAAAAUACUAUUUUUACAUGUAUAAUGUUGUACUUUUAACAGCUAUAAAUGUUGUGUUGAA